AGGGGCUGCCCCGGCACCGCCGGACCGCGGGAGCGGACAGCGAUGCGCGCAGUCCCGCGCCCGUUCUCAGCGUGCGCCGCGCUCGCGCCUGCAUGGCUCGGGAGCCGCGUGCCGCGUACCGCUGCCCAGCCUCUGACGCGCGCGGAGCGCAGGCCGGCCGGCACGCAGGAGUAGGCUUUGUCCAGGGCUGCUGUUUAGAUAAGAGAUUUGCAAGUUACAGGACAGCAUGAACUCCUUCACAUGACCGGGACUGCACAGGGACUUGUUUGAAAUAAUGUGCAGAUCAAGGCUGUAGACAGAAUGAAAAUCUCCAAACCUGCUGGUAGCAAUGGAAACUAAGAAUUAAAUUCUAGAAGGAUGAGAGAGAUCCCACAGGGAGAGUGGUUGUCAGCCAGGAAUUCUCAGUGCAUCAUCAUCUGUCAGCCUUUCAGUCAGCUUUGCUCAACAAAGCACGUUGGACUGUUGAAAGACAGCAUUGCUUCUGGUGUUCCACAGUAUGCUUAUUGUGGGCCAAGGUGAAAGCAGUGAGACAGGUCAGACAAGUUUCACCCACACACUGAGCUGGGCCAAAGGAAUUGUUUGGUAAGAUGUGUACUACACAGGUCUGAUGUAGAGGUCUGGGGAGUGUCUGGUUUGUCUUCUAGAUGCUUCCUGACUCUGUAGGUGAUGAGUUAUUUUGAGGCUUAAAACUCUGGUGGUCUGGCAGAGUUAUCUGUUCAGAUUAAGGCACUAGCAUGCUGGUCUGCCUGCUUUACCUUGCUGGUAGGUACUACCACACUUCCAUGGAAGAGCCUCCAGGUCACAAGCUGACGUAUUAAACAAUUACCUCCUUUAAUUGUUGUGCUCUGCUAGAGCAAUCAUGACCUCAGGCAACUUGGAGAAAGAACACCUUAAGACAAGGCUGAGAAAUAUACCAGAGCUCAUUGGUCAGAGCCUCUGGUUGUGAGCUGUGAGCGGAGUCCUUGCCAGAGCCUGCCUAUCCUUGUGUCCCUGAACAGCCGUUGCUGCCUUUGCUGGUGCCACAGACCCUCUGUCACCCCAGAGGUCAACUGCUCAUUUGAAGAUAGUUAUUGCAGUCAUUUUGGCUAAGGAGGGUAUGUACAUACGUACAUACAUUUUGUAUGUACGAAGUACGUACAAAAUAUGUACAAAGAAGUAUGUGCAGGGUAUGUACAAAGAAAUUUUAAAUUUGAUAAUAUAGGACUAAGCAAAAAGUGAGGUCUGGUCAUUGGAAAGUGAUUUUUUUUUUUUGGGGGGGGGGGGGGGAGGGGGGAGGAAGAAAAUACUCUUCAGACUUUUCUAGUUUGCCAUUUUGAAAGUGGUUUACGAUCCCACCAUACUGCUCUUAGGUUUUAUUGGCUAUUCUGUUCCAUCAGAAACCUUAGGCAUACGUAAUAGAGGGUAGGAUGAAAUAUUCCACUAUAUGAAGAAUAAAUUGAUACAACAAAUAGAGUAAAAUGAGGGUUUUUUUAAUCCCAAUUUUGUUAGGAAAUUGUGUGUAUGUGCUGUUGCUGUCUUUGUUUGUCUGUUUGUUGCUGGAAGAAGGUUGGAAGCAGGAUUAAGAUCUGCUUUACUCAGCUGAGUAUGUCAUCUGGAGUUUUGUUACCAAAAUGCUGCUGGAGCUGGUCAGCCAUAGGACACAAGUCCAGCUGAAGUCAAGCUUCAGCAGUCCGGAUCUUUACACAAAUUCUUACCUGGCGGUUGAUUUCUUUGUUCAGUAAUGGAUUAAGCUUAAGUGGCUUUAAACAACUACAGGUGCUGGGGAUGUGCCCUGCCCACCUCCUACAGGUUUCCAGUUCUACAACAGGGGUGGCUCAAUGGCUCACCAGUCAGUACCUGCAUGCCGGCCUGUUACGGUAAGGCAAUGUCAGUUUCGGUUCAGGCUUUGAGCCUUUGCAUUCCUGCUGUAAAGACAUCUUGCAAGAGAGUAUUAGCGAGCACAGCUGGGAUAGAUGGUUUCUUGGGCAACGGCAGCUUAUCCUGUUGCAAUGUUGCAGUGUACAGCUGCAUGCCUUUAAAGUUAUGUUGGUUGAGAGAACUUAUACAUUUUUUUGUAUCUCAAAGAUUGGACAUCCUUACUGGAAAAUGGAAGGUGAAGUGGUUUAGGAUGCAUUGGGUAGUAGAGGUUUUGAAAGGAGAUAAUUCUAAGCAUUUUGUUUCCUGCUUGCUAAGAUUUGCCAUUUCCUGGAUGAAGUUAACCAAGUCCGUUAAUCUUCAGAGUGUUUAAUUUUGUUAAUGCAAUUUUGCUUUGAUGUUUUUAAAUGCAAUGUAACGGCUCAAAAAUGUAAAAUGAACAAUAAUUUAAACAAAAUCAGAUCAUUUGAUUUCAAAACCAGCAAGUAUCAGCAGUACCCGCACUCUGCACGACCCAGGAUCACGGGUACUGCACCGUUCAUACGCACGGUGUUGCCGAGGAGCAUUUUUCCCACGAAAUAUUUUCGCCGGUGGGGCUAUAGAAAGGCGCGGAGACUGGGAUUUUGUUGGAGGGUGAAGCGCUCUGCAUAGAAGCCCUUUUUCCUCCCCCGACACGUAAGCCUUUCUCAGCCCCGCGCAUUUUAACAGAAUUUGGGGUCCAGAGUCCAGCGCGGCGCGGCGCAGUGAGCCGGCAGCCUGCGGAGAGGCGGCUGAAGAACAAUGGCUUCCUUCAGCAACCUGACUAUCGGUAUUGCUCUUGCCAGUUUUACCAUAUUCCAGCUCCUGUUCCAUGUUUUAAGCUCUUGGGUAUCAACACGGAUAACACCUGGAUUUAGCAAUCUCAGCCAAAAAAGGAAGAUUGAAUGGAAUUCAAGGACAGUGUCCACAUUCCAUGCCUUGGUGGUUGGUGGAUUUUGUCUGUAUAUUUUGUUGUACGAUGAAGCUGUUAAUGCUGACCAUCUCUGGGGUGACCCUUCAAUUGUGAAACUGAAUAUUGCUAUUACCACAGGCUACCUCAUUUCUGAUUUGUUGCUUAUUAUUUGCUACUGGAAGGCAAUUGGUGACAAAUUUUUUGUAGUACAUCACUUGGCAGCUCUGUAUGCUUAUUAUUUUGUACUGAGCAAAGGUCUGCUGGCUUAUUUUGGGAACUUCCGUCUGCUGGCAGAGUUCUCCACUCCUUUUGUCAAUCAGCGGUGGUUUUUUGAAGUACUGGGAUAUCCCAAAUCUUCAAAGGCUAACAUGAUCAAUGGUGUGCUGAUGACAGUUGUGUUCUUCGUGGUGAGGAUUGCCGUCAUGCCUAUGUAUUACAGCCGUGUAUUUUCUUCGUUUGGAACUGAGGGUUUCCAGAGAUUAGGCUUUGCAGCUCAGAGCGCCUGGAUUAUCUCAAGCGUUGUCUUGGAUGUUAUGAACUUGAUGUGGAUGGCCAAAAUUACAAAAGGUUGCUACAAAGUUAUUUGUCUUGUUGGACGGGAGGAAGCCAAAACUCAUAAAAAUGGAAAAUCCGAUUAGAGAUCAUAUGCAUAAACAGAAAUUUCUGCUAUGAAAAUAAUUUGGGUUCGCUGAACCAGUGCACAUUUCUGCCAUGGAAUGCUCCUCUUAAAUAAACAAGGUAUUACCUCUGUACUGACCUUCCUCUUUCCCUAGCCACACUGCCUGCGCACCCAGGGCCACGCUUUAAGGAUCUUCUCCAAUGAGGAAUAGAAGCAAAUGUUCACAGAAAUGAAUGCUACGUGUUCUGAGCACUUAACAAACUACUGCAAUGAGGAAGGAGCAGACUGGUUACUUGGCUGUUGUCCACCAGUGUGUUUGAAGUGUUUCACUCAGGUUUCUCAGAUUAAUGUGUUUUAUAAAUCUACUGAAUAUUGAUAUCUCUCUUUUAUAAAAACAUAAACAAAUCUCCCCAAACUCAUGAUAUGGUGCAAUUUUCCUGUCAAGUUUCUAUAUUUUCCUCCAGGAAUAACAAUCAAGAUUUCAUUCUUGAGAACUUUUUAAUUUUUGCAAGAAAUGCUUAAAGUCAAGCUCUGAUUCUGUGAAGGCUUUUACUGCUUUUUGUUCUGCCUUGUAUGAAUGCAAACCAUUUGGGGGAAGUUUAUGAAAUAAUUUUAUCUAAAGUGCUGUAUUAUAAGACCAUAUGAGAUAUCUUAAAAGUGGUUAAAAUUCUCUGAUUUUUAUAGGAAGGAUUCACUUCUGCUUUUUUAGAUUACAUGCAAGAGCACAUCUACUAAAUCAGCCGUGGAAAUGAGUUCAUAAGUGAGUAUGGCAAAUGAUGUUUGGAGCAGCAUAAUUCUUACUGGAGUGCUUUUUUCCUUUCCUACUACUGCCUUUGCGAAGUAUUGCAACUCUGCUCAGAGUUAACCAUUGGCUUUCAGGUUAUGAAGCUUACUUGGAAAAAGUUAAAAUUAUUCUGUAUCUGUGCCAUGAAGCUUAGAAUGAGCCUUUUUUUCUUUUUUUUUUUAAAUCACACAAGUGACCUAUUGGAUAUGAUUGCUGAUUUUUAUUGUCACGUUUUCCUUGUUAAUCACAUCUGAGCUGUUGACUAAAGAACAUUGUUGAAUUAGCAGUGCCAAACUUCUUUCAGCCUGUAACAUACAGUGACGGAUCACAUCUGUAGGCACAACAUUUUAUUUUCAGAACCACAUAUUUGUCGAUAGGCACUCUGUUCCUCCUUCUGCAGACUUAAAACUCGGAGGGCAUUGGAGAGAAAUCUUACUGUCUAGGAGGAAUGCUCUCGAUCCAAAUUGUAGUAUAACUGGAGGAAAUUGUUUUUUUUUUUUUAAUGAUUUUGAGAGCAGUAUUUGUGUAUGGUGUUGGUUUUGAUUUGCUUAUUUUUAAUCAUAUCUGAUUGAGGUUGAUUAACUUCUGUUUGUUUCUUGCCUUUUUUAAAUUAUUAUUUCUGAACAUAGUAUUGUUAGUUAUGCCUUCUAACAGGGUGUGCUAAUUGUACACGGUUUCACUCGGUACUUCAGUACACAUACCAACUACUGUAGCAGACUGUGUGUAAGCAAUUGAUUUUUAAACGGAGAGAUAAAUGUUUAUCCUGUGCAGGAUAUUUUGUUUUCCUUUUUUCCUGUUCCCCUUAACAAAGCUUUGUGGAAUCAGCCCUUACCUCUGCAGACCACAGUGUCAUUGCACCAACACUACAAUGCUUUUGGGUGAGAAACAGGGUUUGUCUCCCAGGAAUCAGAUGUCAGUGAGCCCCAGAGAGAACCCCAUGGACUGUAGUGCCUUAUAGCCAAGGCAGCUGUGUUGAGUUCCCAGAUCCAGGGAUGUCAGAGAGUAUUGUUUGAGAUGCACAAUACUGGCUUUUAUCUGCUUGGUUUCACUGGGCAGACGUUUUCCAGUACUGUUUCCAAUCCUGCCCUCUUGAGGGAGAUGUCAAAGAUUGCUUAUUCCGGUCGCCUCCAAAUUAAGUAAAUCCAAACAUUUUGGAGAAUAUGCUUGAAAGUAGAAGUAUCCUUUUAUUUUAUUCAGGAAGUAGGAUGAAAAACUGAUAAGGAAGAUGAGUUGAAGCAGCUUUUAAGAUGACAACCCAGGAAAACUCAAAAUUCAUCUCAUCUUCACAUUAAUCUUUGACAUCUCAGUAUCGUUUUGUUUUGCUUUGUUUUCAAUGUAGAGCAUUCUCUAAAGCAGUCGGUUUCCUUUACUUCUAGAUAGAUUUGUGCAUCUUGGGGGGGGGGGGGGGGAGAGUCAAGCUGUAAUAAGGUUGUUUUAUAAGUAGAUUGGAAAACAAACAAACAGAAAAACAAGCCUGCAGAGUACAUAUUGGGCAACAAUCCAAAAUAAAAGGGCAUUGAGAUUAUUAUUUAGAACAUGCAGUGUUUUGGAUUGCUGCAUGCAAUUAAUGUAAUUAAAAUGAUAUUUUACAGUGCAUUCAGUUUCAUUUUUCUAUUGUGAUAUUUCAGUGCAUUACUGUUCAGUCCUGAUGCAUCUCCCAAGUGUGAGAAGGCAACUUUCUAAGGAAGAAACAUUAUUAACACUGGUAUAUUUAGCAAGAACUGUAGUCAGCAGUUUGCAAAAUCGUACUGUAAUGAAUAUAUUAGGAUAGAGCACUCUUACCUGCCACUAAAAGCUUAUAAUACAGCAAAUUAGAUGGCCUUGGCACCUAUUUUUUUCCAAUUACACCUUCUUAAUUCAAAAAUGAUGUUGAAAUAUUGACAUCAUUUUGUGUUGCAAGCUCAUCUCUUUGUUUUUUUUAUGCAAGAAGUGCAUGAUUAGUAGGAUUUUCAUAAAUGUUAUAGCCAGAAUGCAAUGUUACUUUAAUAGUGGCUUAAAACUUCUAUUUUAACACUUGCAUGGUAUAGCAGACAGUUGGUAUAUCACCAGGUGUCUUUGCCAUGGACAAAUGGGUGGAAUUAACUCAGAAAAAAUACAUAAAAUUAGUGUGGUGGUCAUGGCAGCAUCUGUUUGUGCCAGUAGGGCUGUAUGUAAGUAUGCGAGUUUCUCUUCUUUAUGGUUUUACUUUUUCAUCAGAAGAUGAAUAAAUACCGCUCUCAGAGCUACUACAGGGGAAUGGUAGGUCAAGUUUUGCUUUUAUAAUUGAUUUGUGGAAGCAGUACUUGCAGAGAGGAAAAGUACUUCAAAUCCUUAUUUUCUUGGUGAGUGCUCCAGUGGAUUUCAAUGAAGUCAAGAGCCUUAUUGCUACAGAGAUGUUUAAUGGGUAUCUGUACACGUACUUCAGUGAUAUGAAUUUUGUCUCUGAAACCUACUCUACCUCUAUAAGUAAAUGCUCUUUUGGGUGAGCUCAACACUUUCUUAACUUAAUUGCUUAAAUAUAGAAUCUACUGAAUAAUGAAAGAUAUUCUAUGAAAAAUGAGAGGAGCUGAUGUAUAUAAAUUCUUACUAAUUUCAAAUUUUAUGUCAAAGUUUAUUAAAAAAGUUAAUUACAAUGUCUGGAAGAUAAUCGUUUCCAUCUUUACAUUAAAAGUUAUGGUGAAGCAUUAUUCGUACUGAAAAAUUAAUGUUAAACUCUGAGUAAAAGCUUACACAAGUGAGUAUAUAUGUUCAAAGCACGUUUAAAAAAGAGAGGUGGAGGAGAUGCCGAGUACACCUGCUGCUGUGGUUGGGACAGUGGUAAAAUGAGAAAUAGCAGAAAGAUUAUGUAUUUCUGUAUCUCUGUGAUGGUGCAAACUGAAACUUUAAAUUUCUUUUCAAGCUGUAUAAAAAGGCUUCUAAGUUGUUGAUUGCUGUAUGAAGAGGAACUGUGUGUGUUCAAGUAUAUGUACAUACAAGCUUUCUGUGAAAGGUCUUUUAGUAGAAAAGUUUGUAAAAUUGUUUUGUAAAGCUUCUGCUGAGCCAUUCAGAGGAAUAUAAAGGGCUGACUGAAAAUUACUCCAGCUUGAGAUCUAUUACAGUGUUCACCAAUGGGGAAAGCCAGAUAGAGAGGAACUAGAAUUCAGAUGAGCAAUACAAAUGUAGAAGACUAUGAGAAGUAUGUGCAGCCCUCUUUCCUAUUUGUAAUAGCCUUCCGUAGAACUUCAUUAGCCAGUUGCAAGGAACUUCACAAGGCAGGACUUGUUCCUGGUAGAGUGUCUCUAUCCAUGGAAUGCAUUUGACAGCUGGAGAAAGAACAGUACUUUGCUGCCGAGGUCCUGGCACCAGUCAAAUGGAAAAAAAAAAAAAAAAAAGAUUUAUAUUUACUAACUUUAACAUUCAUCCAAACCCUGGGUGAAAUCUCUUCGCUGGACAGGUGAAGGUCAUAUGAUUUUCUGAACACAACUUGAAAGGUCUUUUUCUGGAGGAAAGAAAGAAAGAUGUGCUGCUUGGGAUGUUUAGACUCUGGGAUUAAGCAUCAAAUCAAUACUUUUCGGUGAUAACACUUAUGAUUUCUUAUCCAUUUAAAAUCUCUACUAGCUACCUCCUUUGGCAUUCUUGUUCUAUUUAUAAUAACCAAGCACUUUAUAGCUCAGUAACGAAUGGAAGGUAGCUAUGAAGAAUAACUUGUAUUGUUUGGUAUAAGAAAUAUUUUGUCAAAAUUCCUUCUGAGAUCAGUUUCAUGGUGUGGUGUCCUCAGAGGGCAUCUGAUAGCAAUGUACAUAAAUUUUUAAUCUACUUGUAAUAUAAAGGAAAUGUCUUUAAGAGAGUGGUUUAUGAGUUCAGCAUGCCUUGUUAUCAACCAUAUAAUGAUUCAGUGUGCUAUUUAUAACUUCUUAGUCAUUGAAAUUGAAAAUAUAAAAGCAAAUAAAAUAUUCUGUAGUGUAUCUUUUAUUUUUAUCUGUGUGUGGGAUGUCAAAAACUGUACUUGUCUCGUGGACGGCACAUGCCUUUAUGAGCCUAUAAAUAUUUAAGUAUAUGAGAAUCUGCACCCAAGUGGAACAUGUUGCAUGGAAAUUGUCUUCUAAGUUUUAAAAUUUUGUUAUUGAAAAAACUCUGAUCGUUUCAAUGCAACAUUUAAAUAUCAACAGUAAGCUCUAAUACAGAACAUACCACUUUGAAUGCAAUGCAGGAGAUGCUGGUUUUGUUCAUUGUAACACUAUUCAAGUUUAGCAAGAGAAAUCCAUUCUAUGAUAGGGAGAGGGAAGAAAAGGGCUAAUCCUGAGCUCUGGUAUAAUUUGCAUACUUAAUAUGCAUACAUGCAAAUAUCAUGGAUUUGUUUCUAGCAUGCAUAAACCAAGCAGUGUUUAAUGUCUACAGAUACCUAUAUGGGGAGAAUAAUUUAACAUUUAAGCACAGUUAAAUUGAUGCAAAAGCAAAUUACAAUCUGUUGGGAACAAGUGAGUUAUGAUUUAGGCAUAAGUAAUAGUCUGUGAUUAAGAAGUGUUCAAGUAACCUUCAAGAGAAACUUGAUAAAUAUGGUAUACCUGACCUGGAUGCAGAACAAGGGUGGAAACUGAACGUUCUUCCAGACUGAUUUCUGGAAAACCACGACAAUCUGGUUUGCGGAGUAAAGACUGAUACUGCCACAGAGUAUUACGAUCUUAUUAUUGAAUUCAAAUAGUAAUGUGGCCUGAUUGUAGUAGCAAUUCUUAUCACUGCACAAGGACUUAAGAAUGCAGUAUAAUAAUUCUGAAGAUUGGUUACAACAGUGAACAGGUGAAUGGUACCAAGGUGAAUGGUUAAAUACAGCGUGUUUAAAUUUUCCUUUUGCUAUAAAAGUUCUGAAUUGUGUUUGCAUUUCAAGUAUACUGUAGAGCAUUUUUGUAUUUGGUUUGAACGGUCUAGGAGCUUGCAUUAUAUUGGCUGACUUUUUCUUUGAUAUAUGCAAUAAUGUCAAUGAGCAAUAAAUUGCAUGUUGUAUGCAAGGUAUUGUUACUUCAUAAUAAACAAAAGGAACGGA